AUGACGUCUCGUCUCGACCGGAUCCUCGAGGGCCCGCCUCCGACCGGCGUCGAUGUCCCGCGGACGGAAGUCCCAAAGGGGAUGCCAAGCGGGUCUCGUGAAAGUCAGCGGAGGGAGCCAUCCCCGCACCGCUCCCGCGCCGACACUCCUUCAGAGCCAGCGCCAGGUCGGAAUGUCUCCCGCCCCCAACCUCCUCCCGCGUCUAAUGCGGGCCAUCGGGUCAAGUCCCUGACGGCGGGGCCACUGACUCGUGGCCGCGCUGCGGCUUCCAGCAAGGGGGGAACGGAUCGCAGGAGCGCCAGCCCAGGCGCUGGCCAGGCGGGAGAUGCCGAGCCGAGGCCGGCGCCUGCUCGAGAGGUGCCUAGAGCCUUGACGCGGGGCGGCUCGAGGCCCGCCGGUCGAGGUACCGGCAGGCGGGUCGUUCUCCCUGUGGGGUUGAAGCGGACACUCGAACAAGCCCAGCCCUCGAUGGCCAAGAGGCUUAAGGUGGGAGCAACCUCCAAGGACUCAGGCUCCUCCAACCCCCGGCCGCCGACUGGUGUCGAGGGUGCUCUGCCCCGUCCAUUGGUGGGGGAGUCUGCUCCACCGUCGCCGAAACGGAUCGAGGCGCCUCGUCCUCACGAACAGGAGGGAGCCCCCGAGCGUCCCCACUCUGGGGUCGAGGAGGAUCCUAUCACAAUAAGUGACGGGUCUGGCGGCGACGGUCCUUCCAAGGACGCCCGCCCCAUGGACGAGGAGGUCGAGGCCUCUCCCACCACAAAGCAAACGCCUUGGCCCAUCGGGCUCCAUUCUGUCGAGGAGCGGAGGAAGAAAGAGGAGGAGGAGCGUGUGCGGGAAACGCGGCAACGGCCGCCGGAGGGGCAGCAGCAGCCGCAGCAGGAGGAAAAAGAGGAAGGGCGGCAGCGAGAAGGUCCCCAACUCGAGGAGCUGCUGGAGCAGGACCGGCAGCAGGAACUGCGAGAGCUCUAG